AUGCCUGAGUUAGAGAAGACGCAGUCAGAGAGAAGCUGGUGCAGACCACGGACCACUUCUAUACCUAGCGGACCUACCGGACUGCGGUUGGAGAGACUUUACUCCGGACAGCAUCUGGAUGACCAGUCCUACUAUCACCACGAUGAUCAUGAGUAUUCCCAUGAUACGGAUAGCCUGAACACGUUGGCCAUAGCCAGACUAGAAGACAACACAAGUGAGGAUGGAGUAGCUGACAUAAUCGGAGAAGAAGCGGGCAAAGUCCAGGAUCGUGUUCCAGAUAAGGUUGAUCUAGAGUCUCGAAGGCCACCACUAGAGAAGAAGUCAACAACCAGAUCUGUGAAGGCCGAGUAUCUAGUGACAUGGGAUGGUCCUGAUGAUUCUGCAAAUCCUAAGAAUUGGACCUUCAAACGGAAGUGGGCAGCCACCUUCAUUGUCUCUUCCUUCACGUUCAUCUCUCCAGUCUCAUCAUCGAUGGUGGCACCAGCACUACAAUCUAUUGCGACGGAGUUCAACAUCACUAACGACGUUGAGAUAGCCCUGACGCUUUCAAUAUUCGUGCUCGCAUUUGCCAUAGGACCGCUAUUCCUAGCACCGAUGAGCGAGAUAUAUGGCCGCGUUCAUGUGCUUCAAUUGUCGAAUCUGUUCUAUCUUGUUUUCAACAUCGCCUGUGGUGUCUGUACUAGCAAAGGUCAAUUGCUAGCCUUUCGGUUUCUGUCCGGACUGGGAGGAAGCGGCCCACUUGCAAUUGGAGGCGGUGUGUUGAGCGACUGUUGGAAAGCAGAAGAACGCGGCAAAGCCAUCAGCGUCUAUUCACUAGCACCCUUACUUGGGCCAGCCAUAGGGCCAAUCGCUGGUGGCUUUAUCGUGGAGAACACCACUUGGCGGUGGGCAUUCUACGCCACUUCGAUAGCCGAUGCCCUUAUCCAGAUCUCUGGGCUCUUUUUCUUGCAAGAAACAUAUGGCCCAAGUAUCUUGCAUAUUAAGGCUGAGAAAAUCCGAAAGGAUACAGGCAAUACCGAGUUCAAAACCGAAUUUGAGCAUCCCGAGCGCACUCUGUUAAAUACUCUAAAACGUUCGAUUGACCGACCUUUCAGGCUGCUAGGUACCCAGCCAAUCAUUCAAUGCUUGGCAUUGUACAUGGCAUUCGUAUACGGGUUGAUGUACUUAGUGCUGUCAACGUUCCCGGCUCUAUGGGAGAGGCGGUACAACGAGUCUGUCGGCAUUGCAGGACUGAACUAUAUAUCCCUAGGCCUGGGUUUCUUUCUCGGGGCACAGAUCUGUGCUCCUAUUAACGACCGAAUCUGGCGGGUCCUCAAGAAUAGAAACAACGAUACUGGGAAGCCUGAAUUUCGAGUUCCCAUGAUGGUACCUGGAGCGGUCUUGGUCCCUAUUGGUCUCUUUUGGUAUGGCUGGUCCGCGCAAGCUCGAGUCCACUGGAUCGUGCCAAACAUUGGUGCCUGCAUAUUUGCCGCCGGCACAAUCAUUUCAUUUCAAUGUAUUCAGACAUAUAUCGUGGACGCAUAUACACGAUAUGCUGCCAGUGGCAUUGCAGCAGCGACCGUGUUGAGGAGUUUGGCUGGGUUUGGCUUUCCACUUUUUGCCCCUUACAUGUACAAUGCAUUAGACUAUGGAUGGGGUAAUACUUUGUUGGCAUUCAUCGCGAUCAUUUUAGGUAUUCCGGCGCCAUUCAUGUUGUGGAAGUAUGGUGCGAAGCUCAGAGCUAGGAGCAAGUUUGCUGCUGGUGGGUGA